AUGAAAGAUAAUCAAUCAGUAGUCGGUUGUUCUCGACUUGUUGAUAAAGAAUUGAUUGGAGGACAGCAUGAAGCACAACUGUAUUUACCCAAGGAUAGUCGUUCAUGGAAAACGAUCGAUUCUAUGCAUCCAUGCGUAGAAGGAAGUCGCUUGGCUCUAUCAUUACCCUAUCGUCGAUCAUUGAUUGGUACAGUUAUUGUGCAACAAACCCUAGCUUACGUUCACAACGCACUGCCCGGCUAUGGCGCGUUCACUUGUACUUCGGACCCAGCUAUGCAAAAAGCUUAUGAACGUUUGGGUAUCGUCUGUGUUGGAGAACCAUUUCGAUAUAGCAAAAAUGAUCCACUACCAGUCAGGAUAUAUUGGUGCAGUCCACAAAUUCUAACAACAGCGAUGGAUCGUGCACUACAUAAAAUAAAUCAAGGAAAUUAA